AUGUCAUCUUUGGGAUCGCACUCCACUUCACUGUCCCUUUAUCAUUUCCUUUGGCAGCGACAAGACCGGUCUGUCGUGAAGCGAGGGUUGAAAUGUCAUGCUCUAGAUUUGGAGGGAUCCAACGGGGUAUACCCACUCACCUUCGAUGCCAUUGAUCUUUCUGGAUGUCCUGGUGUUGAGUUACCAAACGGAGCGACUUCCAUGGUCAUCCGUUCAGAGUAUGAAUCACUCUUUGAACACAUCUCCGCAAUUGAGCGCAAUUUCAUAGUGCAUGGAUCGGCAGGUAUUGGAAAGACACAUUUCUUGGCAUACCUCCUCGUCAAGCGACUUCUCGCUCGUCAACCGGUGACGUAUCAGAUUGACCAUUUACACUCAUUCGUCAUGUGCUUCACCGCGGAUGGGUUCUUUAUCCUCCCGCAGGAGAACAGCGAGUAUCAUCCCCUGUUCCAACGCGAAGAUGUAUGGCACCUCGUCGACAGCAUGCAUGAAGAUCCCACCACGCACCCGAACACCGCACAUACUCAGGCAUUGAUGUGGGGCACGUGUGGCAAGGCUAUCUUCACCACGUUUUGGCCGGAUAGUCUGGGCUUCAAAAUUGACUGGUCACCUGGGUAUGAAGUUUCUCUUCAGCGGUGGAUGAAACCGUGUACAUGGGACGAGAUCGUUGCGAUGAGUGCUCUUACUGCAAACAAGCACGAAGAGCACGAUCCAGAGGCUCUGCGAUGGUCUUACACUCAUUUCGGGUCCAACGCGCACACUUGCCUACAAGUGUCUCGCCACCCCAGCCACGCUGAAUAUUACACCAAUGAAUUAGAGUGCACUCGCGAUAAUUUCUGGUUCCAGCGUCCCGCAUUGCGCGAGCAUGCAGCCCUAUUCAGCCGUAGCCUCUUCGCCGUGCAACCUGGAGAUACUCGCACAGAGCCACUGCCCUAUCCGGUCUCACAAUUUGCCAGCAGGCUCCUCGCAGACGGGAUUGCCUCCUUUGAUCCUUCUACCGCCAAGGACGCUGUCUGCAACCUACUUGACUCAGAAGACACCGAGGAGUCAGGCAAGAUAUUAUAUCGUCAGGCUGCGAUAGCGCUUAUGUCCAGGUUCGGAGGGGCUUUCGAGCUCUGGUGUCCCGACUCACAGGGGCAUUACCAGCCAGCACACGAAGACCUGAAUUUGCGUGGCAAGCUUGACCUCGAGAGCAAAGAAGGGCGGGCUAUACUGCCCUCAAACUAUACAUACUCCACUCAAAGCGAACUUGCGGCGCUGGCCGAGAAUUAUCCGCACGUUCUUCACUCCCCAAAGCAUGCGCUCGUACACCCAGGCAUCGACGCGAUCAUGUUCAACGAUAGCACCUCCACGGUCUGGCUUGUGCAGGUGACACAUGGACCACCGCGCCCGAUAUCUCCCCAGGGUCUGCUCUUCCUGCUCAGUACCGUAAGAGGCACCGCCUACGAGCCGUCCCCCAUCCGUGCUUGGAACCUCAUAAUCGUAUCACGCGAGCAGCCGAACACAGACUCCUUUCAACUCAGUGGGUCGAAAAAGACGCAGUUCUUUCACUCUGUGUUCUGGGACCCACGCAUCAAACCAUACGUCAUGCAACUUCGUGAUGCGGACAGCUCUUCUAGUGAACCGUACGAGCAGUGGGGUUUUCCUUACAAGAACACAUGGAAACACUCGCUCGGCCUCUCACGACGCCUCGCAAAACGACUGGUGGAUUUUUUGCACAGACCUCGGCAGGAAACUGGACUAAACAGUGCAGAUCAAGUGACUGCAACACUUUGGAGUACGACUAUACAGACGUCGGGGGUACCGGGAGCUCAGCUGCUCGGGGAAUUGACGAGAGAGCAACCAGUUGGCCCCAAUGGGUUUCAUACGCGAAUUCCUAUUGGGUAA